AUGGCGAUAACGUUCAAGUUAUCGAAGAGCGCCUCCGGCUCUGGCGGCGAGCCUAAAGAAGAUCGCAGCGCUCCAACAGCACCAAAGCCCGCGGAUGUGAAGCGCCCACCCGUUUUCGGCACCGACAGCGACUCUGACGGCGCUGCGUCAGACUCGCUGGGCUCACAUCCGCUGUCUAAGCGCGCCAAGGUAUCGCAAAAUGCCGCAUCCGGCAGCAAAACCGAUUCGCGCACGGCAAGCUCAUCAGUUGCAUCGGAAACUAAGCCCGUGAAAGUGACGUACAAAGAGUACGACCUUUCCACUGAGAACCUUGCCCCCGAGCUCUACUUGUACGACGAGUUGGAAGAAGAAUCGAGCAAAGACGCCAAAGACCGAACCGACGCUUCGAGUCUUGUGUAUCUUGGAUGCGCGCCAUCAGGUCCAGCCGAAAAAGCCUCCCCAGCUGUGGCAAAGGAUUCGCAGUAUAUGCAGAAACUGCUGCGCACGGCUCGCGACCGUCGUAUGGAGCGCGACAUCGCGUUCGACAAGCAGCAGCUGAAGGCCGAUUUGGAGAGCGGCGAAUCUGUAGGCGAGGUGUUCGUGACUGGAGCGUACAAGCGCCAGCUUGAGGAGCGUCGCCGUUUCGAGGAGGAGCAGCGUCGUAAGGACGAAGCCGACCUCAAGGCCAGUGGCAAGAGCGUGGCGAGUUUCCACGCGCAUAUGCUUAAGUCCGGAAUCGCAAGCCGCACCAAUCGCAAGGAAUAG